GUGUUGUAAAUCACAUCCUGGUUGACUUGUGAAUGGGUAUAUAACCACCCAAGAAACUGAACAAAUAGGGGCGGCUCACUCAUAGACCCUGAUCUGUUGCACUGAGGUAUCAAGGAAGAAAUAGAGGGUUUUCAGCUUUAUCGGGCCCUGAAAGAGGAUGAAACUGCUGGGACUAUCGUCCGUUAUUUUAGCAGUAAGCGUACACUAUGCAUCCUGCUGUUGCCGACCAUCACCCCCCAAACGCCCACCGAGUCCAUGGUGCCCAAGUAUAAACCCCAAUCAGUAUGCAGACAGAGGAAAGGCGACUGCAACUGUGCACUGGCAGCUUCCAGUGACAGGCAAAUGUUCCAGGCUGACCUUGGUGGUUGGUUCCCCACCUGGUUCUCCUUUCUCUGAUGGGAGACAUUGCAUACGGUACAGAACCUCCAACCCUUGCACUGGCCUGUGGUCAGACUGCGCCAGGUGUUUUACGGUGAAAGUUCGCAGGUGCUCAAUAUUGCCUCCUCCAAACAACGGAAAGGUGAAUUGUCUUCAGGGGAGAAAGUUUGGAGACACAUGCAGAUACUCCUGUGACAAAGGCUAUAAUCUUGUUGGAUCAGCACAAACUACUUGCGAGGUCAACGGAUGGUCAACAGCGGCUCCGACCUGUAAAGUAAACUCUUGCAGUACUUUGGUUCUUCCAAAGAAUGCAGUCAAGUUUGAGUGUGAUAAUAACUUGCUUUAUGGGAGCGUGUGCCAGUUGACAUGUGAUCGAGACAAGGGAUACGCUUCAACAAAAGCGAAAUACGCUAAAUGUGGUGAACAAGGCUGGUCCACAACUGAUUUUCAGUGCACAGAUGUGGAGCCCCCGGUUUUCCAUAACUGCCCAUCACAGACGAUACAUCAGACUUUGGACCCUGCUAGUAACCUUACAAGUGUGAUAUGGCCGAAAAUAUCUGUGUCGGACAACUCAGGUCAACAACCUACCAUGACACCAACCUCUCCAUACACUGUGACCAGUAUCGGCGGCAGUUUCCCAGAGGGAACACACAUAGUGCGGUUUGAUGCUGAGGAUGCAGCUGGAAACAAGGCAACCCAAUGUAUCUUCAUCGUUGAAGUUGAACGAGUUGAGUGUGACCCUCCAACAAUAAAUGGAGAAUACAUUGACACCCCCAGCUGUCUUCCUCCCUUUGAUGUUGGCAAACAAUGUCGAGUGGAGUGUGCUCUGGCACUCCCCCUGAAAGGGAAGAGAUACAUCACCUGCAGCAUCGACACCGGAAGUAAUCCCGCAUCUACAUUCUGGGACUGGGGACAGAAUGACUCCCCACCUUUGAAACAACCAUAUUGCCAAGUUGACAUGUGUACGAACCUUACGGCACCAAAGAACGGCGCUAUUUCCUGCGGGUUCUGGACUGGACAGCGGCUCUGCAACGUCCACUGUAACGAACAGUACGACAUUCCAGAUAGUACCGAUUAUGAAUUCAAGUGUUAUGGUGACUCAAACAAUGAUCCAACAUGGCAUCCAGUUGUCUACCGUCUACCGAAGGAAUGUACACAGUUCGUUGACUUGCCUUGGAACAAACGACGUCUGCCAGUAUACCUUAUCUACAACGGACCUUGCAACAAUGCCAUUGAUGACAUUAAAAAGGGCUUCAUUAACCAAGCCAAAAAUGUUACAAGUCGCAUAUGUUCCGAAACAUCAACAUCGCACUGCAACGUGAACAACGUGCAGGUGUAUUGUGGCGGAACAAGGAAAAGACGGUCACUUCCAGCAGGUGUUCGGCGUUCACGACGAUCAACAACAAACUACAUCGUCUUUGACAUCGACGUUGAAGAAACAACGGGUCUGUCCAAUGAUGAGCAAGUCAUCAACGCCAGAAGCACUCUCAAUAACGUCUUCAAAGAGUUGUCUGAAGACUCUGCGUUCACGGCAAACGGCAUACGGAUUUCACCUUCAGGACUUGCCAAGAUGCCAGAAAAACGCCUCUGUCAGAAUGGAUACGUGAAAAGCAAGACCUCUGGAUCGAAGUGUGUUCCAUGUCCAAAAGGAAUGUAUUAUCGGGAGGAAAAGUGUGAGUUGUGUCCCCUUGGACUCUAUCAAGACAUCACAGGGUCAACUGAGUGCAAGAAGUGUCCGGCGGGCUAUACCACUCUCCAAAAGGGCAGCUUCAUCGCAAGUCAAUGUAAAGAAAUGUGCAAGCCAGGCUAUCUGUCUCCCAAUGGAUUAAGUCCAUGUUCACCUUGUCGUCGAGGACGUUUUCAACCUGAACAAGGUCAGACGUUGUGUAUACGAUGUCCCAUUGGAUUCACCACAGAGAAGGUUGGCUCCUCAACUCAAUUGCAAUGUGUUUCUUACGAUAUCAGUUUUGAGGGUCCAGUCAGUGUCAACAUGUCACCGGGCAGCAAAUCGGAACUUAGAGAGUUUACCUUUGGUAUAUGGGUCAAAAUCGACUCGAAGGGCAAUCAUAUUGUAUUUGAGAUGUUCCUGGAAGACACUGUUUCCUUCUCCGUGUCACUCUCAUCUGACAUUGCAGUAGCAGCCGGCAGCAACCAUAUAGUCAAGAAUAGUGUUCUGUCGAACUCUUGGGUACAUGUGGCCAUUGUUUGGACUACAGAGAAUGUGACAAUCUUCAGAAGUGGUGAUCAGAUUCACCAUCAACGCUUUUUCUCGUCAGUUUCUACAAUCCCUCCCAACACAAGGAUGAGAAUAACAGUCCAAGCUGUUCAGCUGAGGAGUUUGGUGUUGGUAUCGUCAGCUGAUGCCGCCACUGUUGCAACCGUAGCAGGAACGUGCGAGGCAAUGUUGCCAAACGCUAUAUUUUCGGUUGAAAACCUCAACAUGACAUAUCUCGACCGGGUUCUGGAGGUCAUUCCAUCCUCAUGCCAAGAAAUUGACCCAUGUGAGGGAUUCUGUGGCACAUUUGGAAGGUGUUCUCUGAACGCGUCCAUGGCACCACAGUGUCAUUGCAGUGGAGGCUACACUGACCCUCGGUGUAUGACCCCGCCAGACAAGUGUGCAGACAACGACUGUGCAGAGGGCUCAACGUGUGUGGCAGGACUGGGAGAAGGAGCUGAGUACACUUGCGCUUGUCCACCGGGGUUUACUGGAACGCUGUGUGACGAUGAACAACCUGAUGGUGAAUGGGGCAUGUGGGGCGAUUGGGGGGCGUGUUCCGUGACGUGUGGACGUGGCUACAAAACACGACAUCGUUCCUGCGACAGCCUACAAGACGGAAGCAAACCCUGUGUUGGCAACUACAGAAACACAGAAGUUUGUAAUGCCGAGCCAUGUCGAGUCUGCCACAAGGAGUAUCUUCUAUCCAGCCGGGACAUUGCCGACGUGACGUGCACCACAGACAGUGAUGGUGUAUUGCAAUGUGACAGUAAAUGCCGAAUUGGUCUGGUACAGUUCCAGUCUGACAUGAAGUAUUCUUGCAAGGAAAAAGAAUGGACGCCUGGUCGUGUUGUGCGGUCAUGUGCAGAACCCGCAUCUCCGGUCACAGUCCAGCUGAAAUAUACUGUUGUUCACACACAGCGAGUACCCGAUCUGAAGGAAUCACUCUCUGGCAUCGCGGAGAGGUUUGCAUGUGUGAAAAGUGGUGUAUGUGGCUGGCAUGUUACCGGCAUCGAUUGUGACAACGAUACAACUGUGUGUACAGAUAAUUCUGGUGUGCAGCUGGGUGUUCUGACACUCGACAUUCACAUUGUACCCGGUGUUGUUGACGUCUCUUCGAUGCAGACUAAUCCAGAACUUGCUCGAAUCAAUAAAAAUCUGCUGUCUUCCAAUGGUGGAUUUAUGCACGAAAGUAAUGAACGUUACAGUCCAUCCCACCGUGAUAUUGAAAUUACAAUGCAUCAAGGUCACAUGAUAGUGCAGCCAUACGGACGCAACGGAAGCGGGAUAGCAGCUACUGGGGGACUUGGAGCAAUCACUGCUGCUUGGAAUAUCUUGGACAAAGCGAACUGGGAAGUAAGGUCCGUGGGUUACAGGAACUUUACAGUCGGAGACAAUGAACCCUACCUGAAGGUGGAACAAAAUGUCACGUGUGCUGCUGGCCGUGUUCCUGGGGGAUUAUUCUGCUCGAAAUGUCCACUUGGAACCUUUUACUCCGAUGGCAUGUGCGAGGCAUGUCCCGUUGGCUUCUACCAAAAUCACUACGGACAGUUGUCCUGUACACCCUGCCCCGGGUUCGCCACAACACCCGACAUCGGGAUUCCAUACCACACCAUGUGUCUUGCUCCCGAAUCUCCAGACCAGUACCUACUGGUGGCCAGUGGUCAAAAUACGCUGACCAAGACUCCCCUGACAUUCCAAAAUCAGAGCAUUAUUAUCCUCUCCAACAUCAACGGUAGCGUAACUCACCACGUCUACAGCGCCACCGAUAACUACAUCUACUACAGCACACAGUCUCCAGCCUCCAUUGGACGAAUCCGAUGGGAUGGAAACAGGCAGCUGACGAUCAUAAAUCUGAAAGGGGAAGAGGUGACAGGAUUGGCUGUGGACGAGAGGUCAGGACUUGUGUUCUAUACCCUGCGCACUGGCUCCCUCAAGGCCGUGACCUCUGACCGCUACACCAAAGAUGACAUAGUGAUACUCAACGGACUUGAUAGCCCCAGUGAUCUUGUCCUACAUCAGGAAAAAUUCAUGAUGUACUGGGCAGAGGGGCAGACAAUCCAGCAGUACCGUUAUGGUAAUGACACGACAACUUUACUAAAGAACACCACACAAGACGUCCUUGGUCUCAGGCUCAACUCAGAAGUUGAUAGAUUGAUGUGGUACAGCAACGGACAACUCAUUAGCUGCGACACCGACGGCGAGGACGUCACACCUCUUGUUGACAACGCAAGUCCGCUGUUUGGCCUCGUGAACGACUACUACUUCUAUGCCAAUGAAACAAGACUGUACAGAGUCAAUGCUGAUGGUGUCACACGCGCACAAGUGAUGUCGCUUGCAUCACCCCCAACCAGCGUCUCGGUCAUCUCCACCAGCCAACAGGAUUGGGGAACUCUGAAAUGUUCUGGCAGUAUCCCUGAUGGUCAGGCCUGUUGGCAGAUUGAUCGUUUCGAGACCAAACGUUUGGAAACUAACCCGACCUGUUGCGAUGGAACCUAGUUAUCAACCAGUGCAAUGUUCGCACAGAUUUAACAGUAAAAUUGAAUAAAGGAGAAAAUGGGUUAUUUUAAUUUUAGACACGUAAAGAGGUCCAUCAUAAAAUUUGGCAAUCUUUGUAUUGGGCAUGAUUGUUUACUUCAGUCAGUGAGGCCGUUUUUUAUUACGGAUCCGCCGAUCCGAAAUGUUUUUACAACAUUUUUUGCCAUAAUAUGCCAUAAAAACAAAGAAAGUGAAAAAAAAGGAAAAAAUAGCAAAUCAUACCUUUCAAAUAUUCCCUGAAACUAUUUUAUAUUAUACAAAAGAAAAUCACACAUAUUGUCUGAACUCCACGAGUGCAGGGGACGUUUGCAUCACAAACGACCUCAUUUGUCAAGGCAGAACAGUUGGAGACAUAGUACAGUCUGUUCUAGAUGAAACAGAUGUUGACAGAGUAUCAGUUGCACGGGACUCAAGUGAGCAAAUAACAUCUCCAUAUUCCUUUUUUUUUCUUUUUCUUUUUUCCCUCCCUGCUGACCUGAUAAUUUUUUACAAUCUGUAAACCAAGUAAUUUUUUAAACAGGCCUGACUGGAAUGAAUUAAGAUGAAUCUUGCGGAAACUUUACAGGGGUGAAAGUAACGCCUACAUGUAAAUAAUUGUUCUCCAACAUAUGCUAGAGAAGUAGUUUACAUUGUUUUUAAGUUUCAUUAAAUCUGUGCGGACCUUGUUACAAACAUCCUCUGAAACAGGAAUUAAUAUUAUGUUUUUAUACUCAAGAUUCAAAUAUGACAAAGAACUUCCAAAAUACUUUAUACGACAUAAUUAAUCGCUGUGCUUUUUAUGCUAUUAUGCAAAUUAAACCUGAACGUGGUUCAUUUUCUUCAAUGUAAUCCUCAGCUUAGAUUUUUAAAUGAUUACUUUUAGCAUUAUCGAAACAGGAAAUGAAAUUAUCUGUAUAUAUUCAAGAUUCAAAUAUGAUAAAGAACUUCAAAAAUAUGUUAUACGACAUAAUUAAUCGCUGUGCUUUUUAUGCUAUUAUGCAAAUUAAACCUGAACGUGGUUCAUUUUCUUCAAUGUGAUCCUCAGCUUAAUAGUUUAAAUGAUUACUUUUAGCAUUAUCGAAACAGGAAAUGAAAUUAUUUUUUAUACUCAAGAUUCAAAUAUGAUAAUGAACUUCAGAAAUAUUUUAUACGACAUAAUUAAUCGCUGUGCAUUUUAUGCUAUUAUGCAUGUUAAACCUGAACGUGGUUCAUUUUCUUCAAUGUAAUCCUGAGCUUAAAUUUUUAAAUGAUUACUUUUAGCAUUAUACUUUCACGUUCACUUUUGCUUGCUUUGUCCAUGUUUCUCAAACUGUAAACCUAAUCUUAUUAAAACAUUAAUAAACUAUGCAUACUGAAACCUUA